UCCUCCAGCGGAUCACACCACGGACACUGUAAAAAUGGCGGCUUCACUCUCCCGAUGGACCGGAAGCUCCCUCACAUUCAAAGCUCUGCCGAUCACAGCAGAAGCAGCCUUUGGGACGGUUCCUCCACAAUUCUCCAUCACGGCGGAAGUCCUCAGACGUAUCUCACCUCUCUGGAGAUAAAGACGCCAUGGUAUAUAACGGUGCUCCACGAAAAGGAGCGCUGUCUUCUGAAGCUGGGAGAAGAGAUCAAUCGCCUCUCCAGGUUCGAGGUGGAGACGAAGCGGAAGGAUCAGAUCAUUUCAUCCCUCAGAAACGAGAUCUCCAAACUUCAGGUCGAUCUCCAGCACCUGAGCCGCCCA